AUGAAAAAUUUAGAUCAAAAUGUUCAUGGAGACCGGCCUCGAGUUAGUGUCAUUGAGCUCGGUAAAAGGAGAUUCUCAACUAAGUACGACGAUUGGUCGGGUAUUAAGGUGUGGGGAUUUCACGACAAGAACAAUAUUUGGGUGGUCAAAAGAAACGGUGGCAAUGUGGAGUACUAUGAACAUCAAAAUGACUUUAAUUCUCUGACUAAGGUUGAUCUUACACAAUUAGCUUGUGCUCCCUUUUACAACCCAUCGAACGACGCCCGUGGAACUGAAUUCAAGCUCUUCUUGGAGAAUCAAGUGAAGAGAAAGUUCGAUGGGAUGAAGACUGCAGAUUCUUUCGUGAAGAAAGUAAAAGGUGUAGUUGAUCCCAAAACCAACCGAACCGUGAAGAAUAUGAUGUGGCCUCCCACCAAGCAUAUGAAUCAAAUUCCUAUUAUUCAGCAGUCGCCUGAAGGUUCUUUGCGUAAUAUGGGAUAUUGGGUUUUUGAUGAGGCCACAUCCACUGCUGUCAUCAAGCUUCCGAUUAAAUCCACCAUCCCCACAUAUAUAAAUACAACCUCAUCUUCUUGCAACAGUGAUUCAGAGUUCAGACUUCUUUUGUCGUCUUCCUCCUCCUCCCAUUCUACUUCCUCUUAUGCCGCUUCCUUCAUGUUCAUGGCAUGUUUAGACAGUAUCAUUAUCAUCAUGUAUAAUCAUCAUCAUCAACAAAGCUCCGACCACCCUAAAUCCUCCAUUAAUCCACCCAUCAGCCCCCGUAUUUCCUUCUCCCACGACUUCGCUGAAUCUCUCCAUUCUCGUCCCCAGAUCCUCAAAUCCACCAGAGACUACUCCGCUCCGGUUUCCUCCGACUUCGAGUUUUCCGUUUCUAACAACUCCAUGAUGCCUGCUGAUGAGCUUUUCUUCAAGGGUCGGUUGUUGCCUUUCAAGGAUAGUGCCGCCGGAUCCGGUUUCGGACCGAAAACUACUCUUCGUGAUGAGCUCCUUGCCGGAGAAGAUGAAGACUGCAACGGAGGUGGUGGCGGUGGCGGCAGUAGUUUGUUUAGGCCGCCGAAGGCUUCUAGUGGUACACGGUGGAAAGGGUUUUUGGGUCUCCGGAAAUCUCACAUUGGGUCGAAAAGAUCCGAUAAGAACGACGGAUCCGGGUCUGGGUCUGUUUCGGGUCAAGAUGACGUUCAUGCUUCCAAAUCUUCACAGGAAAUGAUGACUCAAGGAGGAGGAUCAAGUAAUUGCCGGGACAUGGAAUUUAGGAUGCAAUGAGAGUAUGAAUGAUGUAAAGGUGAGGGUGAUUUUUUAUUGGAGGAUGGGGGGUUAUUCUUGUAAUCUUAGGUAGAGGAUUGAGGGUAAUUUAGGGAUUUUGGAUGUGAAAAUCACCAUAGAAGUUUGUGUUUGAUGAUGGAGUUUGCAUGAAGUUGGAUGGGUGGAGGGCAAAAUUGUAAUUUUGGUAGUGGGAUAAAUGGAUCUCUAACAGUCAAUUUGACUUCAA